CCUGGGGUAAGAAAAUAUUUGGUAGGCAUAGCUUCCUCGGUCCCCGUCCCUCCCUCCCUCCCUCUAUCUCUUCUAUCGGGCUUUUUGUCCCACCCUCCAGUUGCUAGCCGGAAGAAAUCGCUCAGAUCUCUCUGUUUCUCUCUCUCUUUUUUGAGAACAAGAUCAGAGGUCUUUCUAUCUUCAAAUCUUUUUUCUCAGGGUUUCAAUCGAUCUGCUCCAAACAAUUGCUUGAUGAGUUGAAGUUUAUAAUCAGCUUGUUGAGCAAAGGAUUCUGUCCCUACAAAAUGAUGCAAGGUGUUUCAGUAAGCAGUUUGGCUGCCUCUGCAAAUGGAGGGAGCUGUGGAGCACUUGCGAUGUUGAGAAGUGAUCUAAGACUUUUGCACAAGACCCAUACAAACUCUUUGACUGAUGGACCUUUUCUGUGGCAUCAGUGUGCACGAACAUUGUUUCCAACUAACUCUAAUAGAACAAGACGAAUGGGGUCCGGGCUCAAAGCCACAUGGCUAUUCAAGGGAAAUGGCAAAGAGUUGGAUCCAAACACAGAGCGCAGUGAGUCUGCUAAUGAUGACAUCCUAAUAUUCUUUUUUCAGCUGGACUUGGAGACUCGAAUACAGUAUGCUCUAAAUAUAGAACAAUAUGAUGCAGCACAACAAUUGAGGAACAAGCUUGCUGAGAUCGAAACAGAAAUAAUUAAGCAACGGGAAGCUAAAAGGGGUUCUUCGAAGAAUGAUGCUCAGGAUAAGGCCAUAAAUCUCUUACGGCUGCGUGCAGACUUGCAGAAAGCUAUUGAGAGUGAAAACUAUGCUGUGGCUGCUGAGUUGCGUGAUGAAAUCUCCAAACUUGAGGCUGAGUCUUUGGCUGCAUCAGCAAAAGCUCUUGCUUAUCAAAAUGUGCAAUAUGCAUUUCGAUUGGGACAGAGAGUACGACAUAAAGUUUUUGGGUAUCGUGCAGUAAUUUGUGGCAUGGAUCCUGUAUGCUGUGAAUCAAGUUCAUGGAUGGAGAUUGCACAUGUCGAUAAGUUGCUUCAAGGGCCUAAUCAACCAUUUUAUCAGGUCUUGGUUGAUGUACAUGCAGAUCCAAACCUGCUUGUUGCAUAUGUUCCAGAGGAGAAUCUUUUAGCCAAUGACCAACCAGACAAGAUGCAGGACAGGUUUGAUCAUCCAUACAUUUCCUUCCUGUUUUAUGGAAUGGAUACAGCAGGGGACUUCAUUCCUAUAAAACAGCUUCGAGAGAAAUUCAAUAGGCCUCGCUAUGAAGUUCCUGCGGAUAUGCAUGAUGAAGAUGGUGAUGACAAUGCUUAAAGCAUGCUUGCUCAAACGAACGAUCUAAUCUUCACUGUCACAAGACUGUAGCUGCCUCACAGGUCCUUGAGAAAUCAAAUUUGCCAGGUGUUGUGGAGACUCUUCUUAGACCUGCACACGUUCCUUCAUAAGGUGAAAGGAUGGGAAAAAAGAAGUUAAAAGAGAGCGAGAGAGAGAGAGAGAAGAGGCUAUUGUUUGUGCAUCUUUGAUUUGUAAAUGUUGUCAUGACUCGUUGAGCAUAUUUUGCUACACUAGUUUUUGGUGGAGAAAUGAAAUAUCUUGGGAUGAGUUACAUUUCUUCAAAGGUUUUAAAUU